GAGAUCCCUGUAUGAGUGGUUUACUGUUUUGAGUAGCAUCCAUGUCAACUUCUUUUCUAGAGUUCAUAAAUUAUAGAUCUUAUGAAUUUGAGAUUGUAAUUAUUUAGGAGUAGGCCAAUUAUUUUCUUGAUCUAUUUCCUCAUUUGUAAUAGUAGUUUACAUAUAAACUGUAAAAAAAAUUUUAAAAAAAGAAGGGAAAAAAGAAAAAACCUUACCCAUUAGUAACACACACAUCUUGUGGGUCUUGAACUCACAACUUCACCCUCCACCUUGCUCUUAGAAGGGGGAGGAUGUGUCAUUUGAGCUAAAGCUCAUUUUCAAACCUUUUGCCAUCUUUACACAUAAGAUGAUACAAACUGUGAUUCUCUUUUUCCUUAAAAUUGAAUGUUUAGAGACUCGUAACUAGGGGUGUCCACGGGUCGGGCCGGGUCGGGUUUGUGCCCAACCCGGACUCGACCCGCUCAGGUCGGGUGGGAGAGAAUCAGACCCACAACCGACCGCCGAUCACCACGGGUCGAGUCGGAUCGGAUUCUAAAAAACGAUCGGUCGGUUCGGUUGAAACCGACGAACGGCGGCGACAAGCGGAGAAGAACGAACCGUCGUCGGAUUUGGUCGGAGGAGAGUGAAACCUCACCGAUCAGAGCUUAAACAUCGCCGGAUCUAAGCCAAAGUUACCGAUCUGAGCUUAAAUGUCACCGAUCCGAGCUUAACGUCACCGAUCUGAGCGAUGUUUUGAAAAAUAUCGCCGGAUUUGAGCCAAAAAUUGUCGGAUCUAAGUAGAUCUGAGCAAAAUCGUCACCGGUCUAAGUGAAAGAUGGCAAAUCAUCGACGGAUUUGAACGGAGGAGGCUUUCAUCUGAAGUGGUGGUCGGGCGGGUCGGGUGGCUGCGGUUUUAGAGGAGAAAACCUGCCACUCGACCCGCCGGAAUCGGGUUUGGAGGAUUGAGACCCGCGGCUGACCGCCGGAGUCGUCGGGUCGGGCGGCGAGCGGGUCGGUCCGGGCGGGUUUCUCGGUUUGGUCGGGUGAACGGGUUGCUUGGACACCCCUGCUCGUAACAUCACUAAUGCACAGACUUGAAGCAUUAUAACACAAAGAUAGAAGUGAGGAUUUUGUUUAAAUUCAUACUUUGUAUGAAAUCCUUCUUUUUAGUGGUCAUUUUAUAAUUCCCUACAAAAGGGAAGGUGGCACUAUAAAACACAAAGAAGUAAACGUCCAUUUUCCACUUUUGAUCAUGAGCUAUAAGUGUAGGUCUGGUUUGUUGAAGUAUUCUUAUGAUCAAAGCAAAUCAGAAUUGUAAUUACUGGCUCAUUCAUAUUACAAAAUUUGGUAUUUGUAUUCUUGUCAAUGGGUUUUGAUUGGCCUUUUCAAAUGUUCUUCCGGUUGAAAGACAUUGUUGCAGUUGGAGCAAACUACCAUUCACAACUUCUAGCUAAACAAUUUGGUUUGAGAACAGUUGAUUUGAAUGAUGUUGAUAACAUUGACAUUGUGUUUGACGGGGUAGAUGAAGUGGACUUCAACAAAAACCUGUUAAAGGGAGGGGAAGCUGCUCGUACUGUUCAGAAGGUGGUUUGUUCCAUGGCAAAUGUGUGCAUAAUAUUAGCUGAACACCCAAAGGUUGUUCAUCAGCUUCGUAGCAAGUUUCCAGUCACUGUUGAAGUUCUCCCACUUGCCACAUCGCCUGUUUCAAGGCAGCUUAUUGCUCUUGGAGGAGUUCCUGAAAUUCGAUCUGCCCUAAGGAAGGAUGGUCCAGUUAUCGCAGAUCUUGGGAAUAUGAUUAUAGAUCUUCCCUGAAUGGGAUACAGAACCCAGCUGAGCUUGAGAAGAACAUUGAUGUGAUACCGGGCGUAGUUGAUAAUGGAGAUCAAGGGAAGAAGAUUUAGAAUGAAGCUAUGUAAGAUUCCUUGGGCUGCUACAAUCCACCACAUAUGGCUGCAAAGAAACACAAGGAUUCAUGAUGACAAUUUCAAGAUAGGAGGCAUUUUCGACCCAUUAAAGUUGAUGUUAGAAGGAGGGUUGUUUUUGUUAAAAAGGAGAAGAAAUUGCAUCUCUUUUAAUCAAAGUUACAUUUUGAAGUAAGAGAGCAAAUCAAUCCAAAAGCUUGUUGGCAAUUACCAUGCUAUACAAUCUACUUCCUUUGAACA